CUCAUAGAUUCAAUGUCAUUUUCAUCUCAUGACAUUUUAUAAUAAUUGCUAUAGCAAAAAAAAAGUUAGAUAAAAAACACAGAAGAAGUGAGAAACAUUCAAAUGAAAGUGGACUCUAUUCCAUAAAUGAAUGAAUAUGAUUUAUUGAAAAACUAACAAAAUAUGGCAACAGAACGAUAUCAUGAAGCUGCCAAAGAUGGCAUUAUAGAUAUUUUGAAGGAAUGUACUCGUAAGGAUUGCAACUCGCGUGAUGACGAAAACGGAAUGACACCCGUGUUGUGGGCUUCCUUUGAGGGACACGUUGAAGCUCUUCGCUUACUCAUCGGCAAAGGCGGUGAUCCUGAUAGAGCUGAUCAAUUUGGAAAUACAGCUCUUCAUUUGGCUGCUGCACGUGGACACAUGUCCUGCGUGGAUUUCCUUGUAAAAUUUGGAUGCAACCUUUUUUCGCUUGAUAUUGAUUCGCAUACUGCCAAAGACUUGGCUGCCAUCAAUAAUCGCGAUGAAAUUUUGCGUUAUUUGGACGCAGCAUCAGCGCAGUUGGAACUUUCGGACAAAAAGCAAGCGCGUAGUAUGAAAGAGGCAGCUAAAAAGGCAGCGGAAAAGAGAACAAAAGAAUAUGCGAAAAAGCAUCCACCAAAACCAUCGGAGACAAAUUCUCAUCGGGUAGCACAACGAACAACCAGCAGUAAUAAAUUACAGACGUGGAGACAAAAGUUAUGGUCUGGCAGUCAAGGAAAUUUGAAGCAGUCUGCAAUGGCAGAGUAUAUGACGCAAGAUGCCAGCAAGCGUUAUAGUACGUUAGUAGGUGGUGGAAUAGGCGGUACAAUAGCCAACAAAGGUGCAUUACAACGUCGCGUAAUGAGAACUAAGCAAAAUGAGACUGAUGACUUCAAAAUUGGUGAAAUUGAGCCGAGUGGAAAACGAAGCGUUCGUUCCAUUCAGGGUGUUCGUCGUGAUUCGGAAAUUCUCUAUGUGGGAACGUAUGAUACGGCUGCCGAGCAACCCGGAAAACGUGGUAAAAUUAGCGACGUCUUUUCAAAUAACAACAACGAAGACGAUUCUAGUGACUCGAACUCACGACCGAUGCCACUUUCGAACCUCUCGCGAUCAGUCAGCCAGCCGGACUUUAUGCAUCCCUCAUUAAAUCCCGAUACGGACGAAGAACAGGAAGCUCUGGAAAAUAACUUGUUGAAUCGCCAAGCAAACGGAAGUAUAUUUAAUCGUCCGAUGUUGGGAACUUUAUCCAUUCCACGAUCGAUGUCAGCGGUCUUGGCUUCUCAACAAAUGGAACAAUCGUCCGAUCGUUCGAGCUCGAAUGAAUCAACGAGCCAUCAGUUAACAAAUGGAAAUUACAGGAAUGGUCAAUUUGCUGGAAGAGGAAAGGGAAUGCGACAACUACCGCUUUUAUUGUCGGACACGGAAGACUCGGAAGAUGAUGAAAGUAACUUGGACGACAUAGCUGAUGGACUUAGUAGUAUUGAGAGGUUCCUGAUUGCAUGGGGCUUGGGCGAACAUGUCAAAAUUUUUGACGAGCAACAAAUUGAUCUGGAAACAUUAAUGCUUCUGACAGAGGCGGACCUUAAAUCUCUUGCAUUGCCUUUGGGACCGUACAGAAAGCUCUGUGUUGCCAUACAAGAACGUAAAAGUGCUUUGCAAAAUCCAGGAAUCAUCACCGAUACACGAUUUUAAAAAAUUCAAAGUUUUGUCAACUUUUCAGUAUUCUAAUGUAUUUAAUCAAGGCU